ACACCCCAGAUCUGAAGAAAAGUGGUCUGGCCCAGUAAACACCCCGCCCCCCCUUCGUCCCCGGUGUGUGGGCGGUGCUUGGCCCGGAAAGUGGAGACUGGUCGAAGGCGACUGGACUUGGGCGGGUUCUGAGCCCCCCACGCGGCGUUGCUUUCUAAGUAGCCGCCGCGGGCAGUGCGGGGCCAGACAAUGACGGCGAGCGACAGCGUUCCGCCGACCUCUGUGCGGGGAGAGCGCCCCCCCAGGCCUGGGGAAGAGCGAGCCUUGUCUGCUCUUGUCCAGCAGCUGAAACCCUGCCGAGGCUGUUUGCAACCUGCCAGCGACCCCAGCACGCAAACCGGGGUCACCGACCUAAGGCUUCUCUUAGGAACCGCUGUCUCAGAACCCACUGGCGUGGGAUCCCCAAGAGACAAAAACUAUGUCCUCGGGACAUCCUUGUCAAGCAAUUAAUAAACACACGGUUGUUCGUGCUGGUUGGAGGGUAGGAAGGGACCACCUCUACUGCACUCACCCCGCCCUUAAAGUGGCCCCGACACCCCCGUGAAGUGAGUGUUUUCUGCAGCAGAGAGGCGCCAUCCGUGCAGCUGACUGGUUUUCUCGCCUGAUGCAGAGGGAGUGUAAAUGUUGUGUUUGUGGCCACGCUGGCCAAGAGUAAUUUAGGAUUACUUGGUCAUUUUAACAGUUGGGAUGUGUUUUUAUCACCCUAUUUACUAGCCAUGGACCAGAGAGGCUUGGCAAGCAACCAGUCCACAUUUUGCAAACAUGGUUUUAUGUUUUAUCAACUAAGGUUCUAUAUGACGGACAAGAUGAGACCCCUCGGCUGAAGCCUGACUCUAGAGCUUUGCGCUACAUGAAGAGGCUCUAUAAGGCAUAUGCUACCAAGGAUGGGAUCCCUAAAUCCAACAGAAGUCACCUCUACAACACUGUCCGCCUCUUCACCCCCUGUACCCAGCACAAACAGACUCCUGGGGACCACGUAACAGGAACCCUUCCAGCAGUGGACCUGCUGUUUAAUCUGGAUCGUGUUACUGCUGUUGAGCACUUACUCAAGUCAGUCUUGCUCUACACUUUCAACACCUCAGUUUCUCUUCCUUCUGCUGUUAAAUGUGAGUGCAACUUGGUGACAAAAGAGCCACAAUUUUUUCACAAGACUCUCCCCAGUGCACCGUACUCAUUUACCUUUAAUUCACAGUUGGAAUUGAAAAAGAAACGCAAAUGGAUUGAGAUUGAUGUGACCACUCUCCUUCAGCCUUUAGUGACCUCCAACAAGCGAAAUAUUCACAUAUCUGUAAAUUUCACUUGUGUGCAAGACCAGCUGCAGCAGCCUUCAAAACAAAACAGUUCGUUUAAUUUGACUCCUCUGGUUCGCCCCUUACUGCUUUUAUAUCUGAAUGACACAAGUGCUCAGGCUUAUCACAGGUGGUAUUCUCUCCACUAUAAAAGAGUAACUUCACAGUGUCCUCACCAGAAGAGAGGUCUGUCUGCCCAUUCUAGGGGAGAGGCUGCUGUGGGUGUAAAAUCUUCCCGGCACCGAAGAGAUCAGUUACCUGUAAGCUCUGUGUUGAGGAAGCCACUGACACCUGCUUCUUUCAACCUGAGUGAAUACUUUAAACAGUUUCUUUUCCCCCAAAAUGAGUGUGAACUCCAUGACUUUAGACUUAGCUUUAGUCAGCUGAAGUGGGAUGACUGGAUUGUAGCUCCACACAGAUAUAACCCUCAAUAUUGUAAAGGGGAGUGUCCAAGGGCAGUUGGGCAUCGGUAUGGUUCCCCAGUUCACACCAUGGUACAGAACAUCAUCUAUGAGAAGCUUGACUCUUCGGUGCCCAAACCAUCAUGUGUACCUGCCAAAUACAGCCCCUUGAGUGUUUUGACUAUUGAGCCUGAUGGCUCAAUUGCUUAUAAGGAAUAUGAAGAUAUGAUAGCCACUAAAUGCACCUGUCGUUGACCUAUGGUCCUCAGAAAUAAAACUUUGACCCUCUUGGAGAAAAUAAAUAUCACGUGUGCCUAUCUCUUCCUUGAGGAGAAAGGACCCUGUGCUAAAUCUUUAACUAGGAGGCAAUGUGGCAAUGUGUGUUCUGUAAGGAGCUGUGUAGGUAGCACAUUCUGUGGCCAUGGAGCAAUGUCAAGUGGUAAAUAGCAGCCUUUUAUAUUUCCAAAGGCAAAUGUAAUCAUUUGGGGGCACUUCACAUUUUUCUCAUUGAGUGAAUUUUUUAUAGGAAUCUUAUCUUUGGUGUAAGGAAAAAAAAUGUAAUUAACACAACUCUUUUGGAGUUGCAGCUCUAUGUAGAUAAUUCAGAAUGCUAUUAGUCUUAAGAGAAUAAACACUUGUCUGUGGUAUUUAUUUUUCUUUGGAUUAAAACUGCUUUUAGAUGGAAAUACAAAGAGUGGAAUGUAGCAUAUCUAAAAACUAGUCUGGGCUCAACUUCUGAUCUGUAAGUAAAGAGACUUCUGUAAAAGAGACUUUUUUUUUUUUAACCUAAAUCUUCAUGAAGUGAAAUUAUUAGGCCUCGGGAUUACAAAACAUAAUCCAUUUUGCUCAGUGGUCUGGGA